AUGUUGCUUAUAAAUCGCUCCAGAACUAUGAGUCAACUUGAUGGCGGUGAUGCUGAUAUUCAUGAGCCUACAAAAACGAUAGCUAACCGUUUGGGCAUAAUUCAGCUCAUUGCAUUUCGAGGCGUAUGUAAAAGUUGGCGAGCCGCUUCUUUUCCAGCUUCUGCGCACCUCGAAUCCGCGGCGAAAACGGCGCCUUGUUUCAUAGUUUACAAUGAUCAGGACAAGAAAUGUUCCCUCUAUUAUGAGGAGGACAAAGAUGCUAACAAAGUGGGAAGAAAGAAAUAUGAGUUGAGCAUCCCAGAAUUCGAAAAUGCUACUUGUCUUGCAUCAAAUCAUGGGUGGCUGCUUUUAAACCGACAUCCAUGUUCAGGUUCAGGCGCAGGCUCGUUGUUUUUCUUGUGCCCUUUCUCGCGGGCAAGGAUCGACUUGCCAGAAAUACCUGAAUCGGACAUCUCAGGUUAUGUUGGUGCCUUUUCGGGUCCUCCUACUUCUCCCGAAUGCAUUGUCACUGUGGCUAAUUAA